ACGUCUGCACGUGAUAUUUUGUUACGAUUCAGGAGUUCUCAUCUAAUUCGGAUACUUUGCAUGCUCCACCGAAUAACAACGGCUGGCUGUUUUGUCGGUUAAAAAGGUAGAGUCUUUCGAGUAUCUUCCUUCAAAUUUAAGAGAAUAUUUGUCACUACAUUUCAGUAUUCUGAUGUCUUUUUAUUCAAACUUCAGCAAAAUCAUGCAACUUGUUAUGAAUUUGUUUUGUCAUUGAGAAGCUUGUUCGUUAUUUGUCUAUCUUAAUAUUUUGGUAACUUCCCAAUGAUCUCUGGUCGCUUUUUAUUUCUUUUGGGAAUUAUGCCAUUUGAGACGUAAUCAUGUUUUUCAAUAUUCUGAGAUGAAAAAAAUAUCUUCAGAGACAAUUUUGCAUGACUGAUUUCUAUUUUAAUUCAUCUCUAAAGUAUGUUUAUGAACUUAUCAUCAUCUUGAACGCGGCAUUUUUUUUUGUAUAGUUUUUUUUCUGCGAUCAUGUUUAUUUUGUUGAACGAGGAAUCCUUUGAAGAUGCGAAAAAGCGCCAGCGAGUGAUAGCAUACUUUCACUUUCUGUAGUUUAAGGGCUAUUAUGAAGUAUCACACGUUGGUUUCAAAACUAUGUUUCACAUCUCCAAAAUUGUGCAAAAAGGAGAACAAAAAGUAGUGAAGGGAGCUAAUAUGUGGUGACCUUAUAACUGCUUUAUUUUUUUGUUACAUGCCAUUCACUGUUUAACAAUUGAUUUAAACUUAAUUUUGAGUUUGAAAAAACGAUUAACUAUAUGUUACCAUGGUUUGAGUGAGUUACUGUUUACACAUCUUUAAAUCCAUUGUAUUUAUAGCCUCAUUAAACAAAGAUCAUUUUAUUGGUGUCUACCAUAUUUAAACAGAUCUUGUUGACUUUACUAUCUUCAUUAUACUUUGUUUUCUUCAUCAUUAAAUGCUAAAAUCUUCUGUUUUUACUUGGACUGAUAGAAACUUGUGUUUAUUUUAAAAUUGGGGUUGAUGAUGCCGAAGGAGCUUGACUGCAGCAGCAGCGAUCCCUACGACCUCGAAGUGGACGAAAAGUGCAACAGUCUGUCCGCUUCGCCCGCUAUGCUCUCAAUUUCGCCUGAAAAACCCCAAUUUUAUUACAAUAACCUCAACCCCAAUGACCUUUCCUUAGUCAAACCCAACUCGCCUCUUCUUUCGCCCGCCUUAGCUAACGGGGACAGUUUUGUGGGGGUGAGUAGCGAAGGUCAAUCAGAGGUGAUGAGUAUUGAGUCAGUCAGAAAGAGACUUGAAGUUGUUCACACUUUUCCCUGUCACGAAAUUGGGACAGAUGGAAAACUCAUCCCUAGCUUCCUCUCCUGCACAUCUGCACACAUGUUCAUUCUGCACCAGGUGCCACACAGCCCCACCCAAGUACUCCUCAAGGCAAGAAGAGCGCUGAAUUCGAUAGUACGAAUCACCAGCAAGAAAAGUCGGCCAGAGGUUAUGACCUUUUGCUACGGGGUGAGACAUGAAGACAGUCAACAGGUGCAGAUAUGUGCCUCCGAACGGUUUCUCAUUCCAAAUGCAGAAGAAACUGUCAAGAGAAUCGAGAAGCUCAUUUGUGAAAUCAUGCAGAGUUUUGCCUCGUAGCUUUACUUCCAUUGCAAAUUAAGUUAAUUCAACUAUAUCUCUCAUUUAAGUUAUGUAUUUUGAAAUGCUAUAUAUUGUUUUUUUUUUAAAUUACAAGUAG